CACACCCACACGUCCCACGCACUCGUUUGAUUUUCUCGGCGACAAUAUGAAUCUCACCCUGCGUGCACCCGCUACAUUUUUCACCCAUUCAUUUUCUAGCACUUUCUCACCUUCCAAACACAUCCUCCGUUGCUCCAAACCCUCACCCUCCCACCUCACCCCCAAAAUCACCAUGUCCUCCACCGCCUCCUCCGCCACCCAAACAGUCAUCGAGCACAUCGUCCUCUUCAAAGUCAAGGACGACACCGACCCAGCCAAGGUCAGCGCGAUGGUCAACAACCUCAACGGCCUCACCUCUCUCAACCUCACACUCCACCUCACCGCCUCCCCGAUCCUCCGCACCCGAUCCUCGCCCUUCGCCUUCACCCACCUCCUCCACAGCCGCUACAGCUCCAAAGACGACCUCAGCGCCUAUACUGUGCACCCGGGGCACAUGAGCGUGGUGAAAGAAUCGGUCCUCCCCGUCUGCGACGACAUCAUGGCCGUCGACUGGGUCGCCGACGACCUCCAGGGCCCUGCUGUCCCGCCGCCGGGAUCUGCAAUCCGCCUGACGUUUUUGAAAUUGAAGGAGGGUUUGGGGGAGGAGUCGAAAUCAGAGAUUUUGGGGGUGAUUAAAGGGAUUAAGGAGAGUUUUGGGGAGAUUAAUCAGAUUAGCGUUGGGGAAAACUUCUCGCCAGGGAGGGCAAAAGGGUAUUCGAUUGCGUCGCUGGCGGUGCUUCCGGGCGUGAAGGAGCUUGAAGGUUUGGAUUCGAAGCAGGAGCUGGCGAAGGCGGAGAAGGACAAGGUCAGGGAGCAUUUGGAAAGCGUGAUCGUGCUUGAUUAUGUUGUUGGGUCGCCUCAAUCUGCAAGUCUCUGAAGAUUUUUGUGCACUGUUCUGUGUACUUUGAUGAAUCACUCAAUAAGCUCUGUGUUGUUUAAGCUGAUUAAUCACUCAAGAUGAUUAAGUUUAAUGCAAAGGGAUGUUUUUGAUUUUCAUAAGGUUGCGAAAAUGCAAGGUUUUGGA